UUUCUGUCUGCAGCUUGCCCCUGUGUGCAUGGAGUGUGCAACAGUGGAAUACAUGGCGACGGGACCUGUGAGUGCUUCUCUGGGUACACCGGCCCCAACUGUGACAAGCCCAUCCCUGCAUGUGCAGCCCUGUUUUGCCCAGAAAACUCCAGAUGCUCACCUUCCAGCAAAGAUGAAACGACACUAGAAUGCAAAUGCCUCCCCAAUUACAAAAGCGAUGGCAAAUCCUGCGAGCCCAUCAAUCCGUGUUCACAAAACAUCUGCCACCCUCACGCGUGGUGCACGUACCUGGGACCAAAUCGGCACAGUUGCACAUGCCAGGAAGGCUACCAUGGGGACGGCCAAGUGUGCUUCCCAGUGGACCCCUGCCAGGUUAACUUUGGAAACUGCCCUACGGACUCUUCAGUGUGCAGAUACGAUGGGCCUGGGCAGUCUCACUGCGAGUGUAGGGAGCACUACCACAACUUUGUACCUGGAGUGGGGUGUAGCAUGACAGACGUCUGCGAAUCCCACAACCCAUGUCACAGGGACGCACGCUGCACCACCAUCGCCCCGGGCCAGACCAAAUGCACUUGCCGGAAAGGUUAUAUAGGCGACGGCUCAAGGUGUUAUGGAAACAUCAUGGAGCGACUCAGAGAAUUAAACACUGAACCCGGAGGAAAAUGGCAGGGAAGGCUGACCUCCUUCAUCUCGCUCCUGGACAAAGCCUAUGCCUGGCCACUGAGUAAUCUGGGACCGUUUACUCUGCUGUUGCCAACAGACAAGGGACUGAAAGGAUUCAAUGUAAAAGAACUUUUGAAGGAUAACGAAGCUGCUCGGUACUUUGUGAAACUGCACAUAAUUGCUGGACAGAUGAACACUGAGCAAAUGACUACCUUGCAAAUGAAGACGUUCUAUACCUUGACCGGAAAGUCGGGGGAAAUCUUUAAUGGUGAUAAGGACAAUCAAGUAAAGCUUAAACUCUGUGGGGGCAAAAAGAAAGUAAAUAUUAUACAGGGGAACAUAAUUGCUUCCAACGGGCUCCUGCACAUCCUUGACAGAGCCAUGGACAAGGUGGCACCCACAUUUGAGAGCAACAAUGAGCAAACUAUAAUGACAAUGCUACAACCAAGAUACAGCAAGUUCAGAUCUUUGUUAGAGGAAACUAACAUGGGACAUGCUUUAGAUGAGGAUGGAGUUGGUGGACCAUACACCAUUUUUGUUCCAAGUAAUGAAGCAUUGAAUAACAUGAAGGAUGGCGCCCUUGAUUAUCUCCUUUCUUCAGAGGGAUCUCGGAAGCUUCUGGAACUUGUCAGAUACCACAUUGUCCCAUUUACACAGCUGGAAGUGGCCACCCUCAUUUCGACCCCUCACAUUAGGAGCAUGGCCAACCAGGUCAUACGCUUUAACACGACUGACAAUGGACAGAUUCUGGCCAAUGGUGUGGCAAUGGAAGAAACGGAGGUGGCUGCCAAAAACGGCCGGAUUUACACGCUCACCGGAGUCCUCAUUCCCCCUUCCAUCACCCCAGUUCUGCCCCACCGAUGUGACGAGACGAAGAGAGAGAUGAAACUGGGCACUUGUGUGAGCUGUUCCCUGGUGUACUGGAGCAAGUGUCCUGCCGACUCCGAGCCCAUGACGCUCUUCAAACAAAUGUGUCUACAAUGGCCGAAUCAGGAGCCUGAAGAAUGGUGUGCCCGAUACUGUAUGCCACUGUGA